CACACCCACACACACACACACACACACACACAUACACACACACACACACACACAUUUUGAACUGUCAGCAUUCCACUUUGCUUGGGUUACUGACCUCUGAUUGCACCCCGCUGCUCGAUUUAUCUCAGCAUUGCUUUUAAUUGUUUCUUAUUAAUAGACUCAUUAUAGAUUGUUGUAGUAUUAUGAAAACAAACAAACAGUUAAAUGUUCUGUUUUUUUUAGUUUUUUUUUAGAUUUAAUUUAAUUUAGUGAAUUGUAAUAAUUAUGUAUACUAAUGAUGCUCAUUUGCCUGUGUUUUGGACCUUGGACUGUAUUAUUUCCCUCUCUGUAUCAAGCACACAUCUUUGGCCUAAACAUUAACCAUCUUUUUGAUGAAAAGUCUCUUUGUUACUCGUCCUUGUUGGAGUCAAUAAUUAGCAGUUUUUUCCAUCGACACUUGCUUAUAAGGGUAUUGAGCAUCUGAUUGUUGCCAUAACUUUGUGACGAGACAUGAGUGCAUAGCUGCAUACAGUAGGUAAGUUUAUUUUAAUUUAUAUUUAUGUAUUUAAGUUACAUACACACACAAAACAAAAUGGUAUAUUGAUGUUUUAAAGUUUGCAACAUAUGUUUUGUCAGCUUUUAUCAUUUUAACUUUAGUCAAUGUACUGUGUCAUUACCCAAUCUUAUGAUGACUAAUUUUAGAUCAUAUUGACCAUAAUGGAUGAUGAUCCAGACAUUGCUGUUGUUGGAAUUGGAUGUAAUUUCCCUGGAGGUGAGGGGCUUGAUAAUUUCUGGAAAGUUCUUUUUGAGGGAAAGAACUGUGCAGUGCAGAUACCAAUUGAGAGGUUUGACUGGAGACAGUGGUAUGAUCAGGAUGACACUAAACCAGGGAAGUCAAGGACAGAAAAAGCAGCAUUUGCUGAUGGUUUCAAUGAGCUGGAUCACAAAUUCUUUGGAAUCACUGAGGCGGAGGUGGAGCAGAUGGAUCCUCAGCACAAGAUUCUUCUCCAGUGCACAUAUAGGGCGUUGGAAAAUGCUGGGAUACCUAUGGAAAAGGCCAGCGGAAGCAGAACAGGAGUAUAUGUAGGCUUGAUGAACCGAGACUAUGAGCUCACCAUGGCAAGUGUUAACCCAGUCAUCAUUAAUCACUGCACUGGCACUGGUCUAGCCAUGAGCAUAGCUGCCAACAGAAUCUCCUACACCUUCAACUUUACUGGGCCGUCUUUGGCAAUUGACUGUGCCUGCUCUUCAUCUCUCGUUGCCCUCCAUUUAGCCUGUCAAGCCAUGAGACAAGGAGACUGUGAAAUGGCUGUGUGUGGAGGGGUUAGCUGCAUUUUCCAGCCUAGAGUAUUUGUAGCUCUAAGCAAGGCAAAGAUGGUCGCACCUGAUGGCACAAGCAAACCAUUCUCCAACACAGCAGAUGGUUAUGGGAGAGGAGAAGGAUGUGGAAUUGUUGUCCUGAAGCCUCUGAAAAAGGCUCUACAAGACCACGAUCAUAUCUGGGGAGUUAUAUGCAAAACUGCAGUGAACCAAGAUGGCCACACUAUCACUCCAAUGACAAAGCCAUCCAUGGUCCAGCAAGAAGAUCUUCUCAAGAGAAUCUACUCUGCAGAGUCCUAUCGGUCUGAAGUCCAGUACAUAGAAGCUCAUGGGACUGGCACUCCAGUGGGAGAUCCAACAGAAGCAGGUAGCAUUUCCAAUAUCAUUGCCAAAGCAAGACCUGCAGGUUUAGGGCCGCUCUGUAUCGGCUCCGUGAAGAGCAACAUUGGGCACACAGAAUCUGCAGCCGGAGUAGCAGGACUCAUUAAGGUUCUCCUGAUGAUGAAACAUGAAACUAUUGUUCCAUCAGUUUUCUACUCAGAGGAAACCUCUAGCAUUGAUUGUCAAGCUCUCAAUCUUAGAAUUCCCAGCAAAUCUGAGAAAUGGGUCACCAGACAAAGCUCAGCAAGAAUUGCUGGGAUAAACAACUUUGGAUUCGGUGGAACAAAUGCACAUGCAGUUGUAAGACAGUAUGUUCACACAGAAAUUCCAAGAGAGUCUGUGAAGAAGUGCCAUCAUUUUUUUGUAGUUUCUGCAGCCACAGAGAAAUCAAUUGCAAUGACAGUACAAGACACUGUACAAAACAUUAAUGCAGGGAAAAUAACAGAUCUGCAAGGCCUGGUGUACACUUCCGCUUGUAGAAGGAGUCACCUGAAACACAAAUAUCGAAAAGUCUUUCAUGCAUCAUCUUUGUCUGAUUUGAAAGAGAAGCUUAUGAAGCAUGCUUUAGACAAACCAACUGUACCAUCGAAGCAAGAUCCGAGACUAAUUUUUGUGUUUUGUGGGAAUGGUGUGACUUACAGAGGCAUGUGUAGGCAGCUUCUAAAAGAGGAAUCUGUUUUCAGGGAGAAAGUCAAAGAGAUUGAAGGCCUUUUUCAAAGCUACCAGAAAAUGAGUCUCAUAGAGAAGCUGGAGAAUCAAACAGAGGAUGAUAAAGAUUUCACAAAUCCAGAAAUUAUCCAGCCUCUUCUUUUUGCAGUGCAGGUUGCCAUUUCUUACCUGCUAAAGCACUGGGGUAUUAGACCAGAUGCUGUUCUAGGACAUUCUGUUGGAGAGGUUGCUGCAGCCCAUUGCUCUGGUUUGUUGUCACUUAAGGAUGCAGUGAAGGUCAUCUAUUAUCGGAGCAGUUUGCAAAGUAGAGUAACUGGAGGGAAAAUGCUGGUUGUAAGCAACAUGGCUGUACCAGAUGUGCUAAAAACUCUUCCUUCUUACUCUGGGAAGAUUUGCUUGGCAGCCCAAAACAGCCCUCAGUCUUGCACCAUUUCAGGAGAUGCAGAUGCCAUUGAUAGUUUAUACAAGAGCCUGAAAAAACAGGAUCAUAGCCAACAACUGUUCCUUCGAAUUUUGGACGUCCCCGCUGCAUAUCAUAGCCAUAUGAUGGAUUCUAUUGUAGCAGAAGUGGAGACUAUAGGAUCAUUUCAGGCACAGGAUAUGGUGGCAGAAUUGUUCUCAACAGUGUCAGGGGACAAAGCAUGUCCAAUAGAUUUUGUUAACGGCACAUACUGGGCAAGAAAUAUCCGAGAACCAGUCGCAUUUGAGCAAGCAGUAAGAUCAGCAAAAAAGACCAAAAAUGCUGUCUUUGUUGAGAUUGGUCCUAGAAGGGCUCUGCAAAGAAACAUCGUAGAGACUCUAGGAAAUGGCACAGUGGUGCUUCCUUCUGUUCAGCCAGAGAAAGAUCUUGACACAAUGCUCACUGUUGUAUCCAGACUAUUUGAAAUGGGAGUCAAUAUAGAUUGGGACCAGUUCUACAAAGGCUGUGAGAUGAAACCAAGUCCUUUUCCAAGCUAUCAGUUUGACAGUGUUAGGAGAGAUGUACUCAUUGAAGCAACAUUCUCUGACACCAGUGGUGGCCAUCCUGGAAUUAAACAGAUGAGUAAAGAUGGCUCGGUUUUCAGCUGUGACCUCUCCUCUGGGUCACUGUCCUACCUACAUGAACACAAACACCAAGGCGUUCCCAUUGUUCCAGGUGCUUUUCAUGUUGAGCUGGGCUUAGCAACUUUUAUGAUCAGUGCAAAACCAAAGGUGCCCCUAAGAUCAGUGCAGCUUAGUAUACGAUUCCACACUCCAUGUGUUCUGUCACAGAAUACUCCAGAAAUAAAAGUGCAACUCGAAUCAACUGAAAAAAUGGCAGAGAAUAGCUUUAAUUUCAAAGUAUAUUCAACAUCUGCUAACUAUGCAUCUGGCAGAGUUGAGCCAACACAGAGAACGCUGCCUGAGGAGCAGCAUAUUUCACUAGAUGCUGUCUAUAAAAGAUGUCAGUCAGUUGUGAGAUCUGAAGAGUUCUAUAAGUACCUUUCUAUGGGUGGGUUUCAGUACGGUGCUGUUUUCAGAAACAAGGGGGAUGUUUUUUAUGGGGAGGAACUUAGAGAAACCUACUCGGUUGUGACUGUCCCAGAUGAGUUGUUGCCUCAGCUUCAUGACUACUACCUCCAUCCUGUAGUCUUAGACUAUCUCAUGCAACUUCUCCCAGUAACAGGAACCUAUCAAUACUUGGGAAGGCCUGGAUUCCCCUCUAAAAUUGGCAGCUUAACUGUGUUUGAACCUCUGCAGAAGGAAAUGGUUGUCUAUUUGAGAGCAACAUUUGUAGGAACUGAGGAACUUCACAUCUGUGGAUGUUUCACUGACAAAGAAGGCAGAGUUCUGGUAGAACUCAAGCAUGUGACGAUCACUUACUUAGGGAAUCGCUCUAAUGUGGUAGAAGAGUAUUUUUACCACAACAGCUACAGCAUUGCCACUGAGUACGAUGGCAUCUCCUCCUUAUUGCCAACUUCACUAGUCUUUGCUGAUCAUGUAGGGAUUGCUAGAGGCCUGCAACCGUACUUGGACGAGUCAUCUAAAUGCAUUUCUCCCACAAAAACAAAAGCACUACUGGAACAGCAAUUCGACAGUUUGCUCUCUGAACUGAAAACUCCAAAUUUCAAAGCACAUUUUGCUGAGAUUUUGUUCAUGUGGGGGAGUGGAGACCUCACCUCAUACAAAACUGAGAACGUGCUAGACUGCAUGAGCACUUGUUGUGAGAUUUUACGCAAAAUUGUUGCAGGCCUCAAGGCAAUGAGUUUCCAGAACUCCAUCAGGGUAGUAACCUAUCGCUCAUCAGAAGACACAGUAGACUAUAUCAGUCCUGGUUUUGUUCUCUCUGGAAUGACAAGAGCAUGUGCAGCUGAGUUACCAGAUCUCUCCUUUCAGCUGAUAGACAUGAGCUCGGUUUCUGUUGAUGACAUCAAAGCCUUGGCCAAGGUCCUCAAGUCUUACCCUUGCAGCAAAUACCCAGAGCUAGUCAUAAAAGAUGGCCAGAUUCUUAAACCUCAGAUUAGCCACACAACGGGUAUCAAUACAGACAGCAUUCAUCAAAGUAUACACUCGAAAAUUGAGUGUGAAGGCUUCACUUUGCAAACCUCUGAUCCCUACAGAAUGACCAACUUGUCAGCAUUCGCUUCUGAUAAAUCUGCUGAACACAUUCAAGGGAAAAAUGUGGAGGUCAAACUCUCUAAAAUGUGUGUGCAUUCUUCAGACUACUUUCCAGUUAGCGUUUCUGAACUAAACUUCGGUCAGACGUUAUACUGGAAUGAGCACACAUCUCAGAGCCACAAUUGUUUAGCUCUUGACUUCAGUGGAACUGUGACUGCAGUGGGAAAGGAUAUUAGCAAGCUAAAAAUUGGAGAUCAUGUUGCCUGUUGCUACCCUGUUGAAACUUCUAGCAAAGUUAUUAUUCCUGCAGCAGCUUGCUACAAAACAAAGAGGCAUCCAUUUUUGAAGGACUCGCCUUGUGUCUCUUACGUUAUUCUCGCCUGGGAGAUCCUACAGAGUGCAUUACCAAAAGCCAAGCAACAGAUGAAGUUAGGUAUUUUCUCCACAGUUCCAAAUUCAAUUCUGGUGAAGAUCUUACACCUCACAGCGAGCAAAUCAGGCUGGGGUGUCAAGGUGGGAACAAAUGCUGAUCAGUUGCAUCAAGACUUCAAAGAAAUGGUGGGAAUUGUGCUGUUGCCUCCCUAUGAUGAAUCACUCAUUGCGAAAGCAUGUAGUGUUGUGGGUGUUCAACAUGUUGUUCUUGUCUUUGACAACCAAUCGAAACCCUCUGUCAGCCAACUUGCUUUCAGAGGUCAGAAUGACGGAGUUCAUUUGAAAGUCAUUUUCACUUCAGUCAUAAUGCAGAAGCAGUCUAUAACAGCAAGAAAGCCAUGCAUUUCCCAAUGGCUAAAGAACAUGCAUUUGGACAAAACAAGGUCUGUCAAAUUUGAAACAACCACUGUUCAAAGGCUAACUAAUGAAACGAUUGACUUCUUGCAUUUAGAAGAUCAAUCCUACUUCAGAAAUCAGAUUUUGCCUGUGGUGGUCCUAAAUCAUGACACCACAAGUGAACUGUCUAACAUUCCACUGACACCAAAAGCUAAGAAGUUGUUUCACAAGAAUUCGGUCUACAUCGUGACAGGUGGUCUUUCAGGGCUUGGCUUUGAGACAGUGAAGUUCAUUGCUCAAAGAGGAGGUGGGACUAUAGUUAUCCUCUCUAGAAGUGCUCCAAGUCAUCUGAUGGAACAGGAAAUAAAUCAUGUCAAAAAUCAAUGCCAGUCAUUAAUCACAUGCCUGCAGUGUGAUGUUUCAGUGUCAGAGCACGUUCACCAAGUUGUUGCUCAAAUCAAAAAACAGUUCCCAUCAAAUCCCAUCAAAGGUGUGUUCCACAGUGCUGUUGUCCUUCACGAUGGGCUCAUAGAAAGCUUGAACAAAUCCCUGUAUGAGAAAGUGAUGAGUCCAAAAGUGAAUGGUGUGAUCAAUCUUCACCACGCCACUAAACACUGCAAUCUUGACUAUUUUGUGUGCUACUCCUCCAUCUCAGCCUUCCUUGGCAAUGCUUCUCAGACAAAUUACGCUGGAGCCAACACAUUCAUGGAUACUUUCUGUCAGUACCGCAGGAACAUUGGGCUUCCAGGUCAGUCAAUUAACUGGGGAGCAUUGAAUUUGGGUCUCCUGUUAAACAAAGAACAUUUCCAAAGGUUCCUGGAGGCAAAAGGAAUGAUGAUCCUGGAAGUGACAGAGAUUCAUGAAAGUCUUGAGCAGUGCCUUCUGAUCAACAAACCACAGCAAGCUGUGUGUAGGUUCAAUUUUAAGAACAUAAGGUAUAAUGUUCUCUCACAAAACAAAGCCCUCACCAUGCGACUCUCAGCACUGGUAGAGGAGGCCUUUAAAAAGGCUAAAGUGGUUGAUUCUAGCUCUAAGCAGACUACUAACCCAGUCUCAUCACCUAAAGAAUAUAUCAAGUCAGUGAUCAGUGAAACUAUUGGUGUUGAAAAAGAAGAUCUGACUGAAGAAACGCCGCUUUCAACACUGGGCCUUGAUUCUAUGUUGGCCAUGACUCUACAGAACCUGAUAUUUCAAGAGAAAGGGGUGAAUAUACCUCUGGUAACCCUCCUUGAUCCAGACAUCACAUUAUCAGGCUUAGUUAAAAUGUUUGGAGAGGAAGAGAAUGAAAAUGAGGGAAAUUAUCACGAUACCAAUAAAUCACUCACAGGCAACCCAGAAGAGGUCACAAUAUUCUAGAUAGCUCUGUUUAUGGUUGUUUAUGUAAUCCACAUGAGUGCCUUUUUGAUCUUGGUUUAUAGACCUGUUUGCACCUGGUCUUUUUAUGUGAGUAAUAUAUGGAGUGUAUUUUGAUAAGAUUUUAUCCAUACAAAUUUGUUUGUACUAGGGGAAUUUUGAUUGCUCUUAAACUGCUAUAACAUGGCUCAAAUAUAUCUUUAACCAUCCCCCGAAGAGGUCUAAAUGACCUGUAUCUUUUUGAAAUGUGUCUUGGGACUUCAUGUGACUUGUCUUUAUCCUGAUAUAAUCCUGUAAUCAUAUGAAAUAAAGAGUCAAAGUUGAGUACAAUGUAUAUAUAUAUAAUGCUAGAUGCAUAUUUUGGGAAACACUGUGUUCUCAUAUCCUCAGAUGUUAGAACUCGUACUGGUUUGUAAAAUAACAUAAUAUAGAUGUGAAUAUGUGAAAUGAAUCAGACAUUAUGAUCAUUUUAUGUAUAUUUCUUGAAGUUUUUUAAUCUCAGUACAAAAAUGAAUAUAUUAAUGUAUUACCUCUUUGCAAGGCUUUGUUGUGUACAGUUUAUUUUUCACAU